AUGCCGAGCGACGCGCCCCAUGGCGGCGAGUACCGCCAGUUUCUCCCCGAUCUCGGAAUCCCCAGGUUCACAACCAUGAAGACGCAGGACGCCCACGUCUACGCCGAGGCCUUCAAGAAGGGCGGCAACCCGCCAUGGCUCCACGCGCUCUACAUGUUCUGGCUGCAAUUGGUCAAGGAGCCAUUCAAGGGCGUCACAAACGAUGGAACUGUGCGCCCUGGUCUGUUUGAGCUCCAGGAUGAAGGCGUGCCCGUGCAGGACAUCGUCAACGCCGUCGGGGCGCUGAACGGCGACCUGAACCAGGACCAGCUCCUGCGCCUUACCUAUCACAUCGACUCGCCCGAGUGGAGGACUUGGUCUAACCCCGAGUUCCUGCUCAGCGACAAGGGCAUACGCCUUGAUGAGCUGUCCCCCUCCACGCGCGACAAGGUCAUGAAGGUCAUCGAGCUCAGUCUAUCUCCCGAGGGCUACGCAAAGGCCGUCGGUGCCAUGCGCAUCAAUGGCUUUCUCGGCGAGCUUGUUGAGUCCCCUGCCGUCAUGAACGAGUUCUCUUACAACUUCGUCAUCUUCGGCAAGCCUUCAGCCACCGAGCCGUGGGGAUUCUCGUUCUAUGGCCACCAUUUGUGCUUGAAUAUCUUCUUUUACAAAUCCCAAAUCAUCGUCUCCCCGUGGUUCACUGGCGCGGAGCCCAACCUCAUCGACGACGGGCCGUACAAGGGCACCCGUAUCCUCGAGGAAGAGGAAAGACUCGGUCUCCAGCUGAUGCAGAGCCUGCCGGCCGAACAGCAGUCUCGCGCCCAAAUUUACAAGCUCAUGAAGGACCCGGCCAUGCCGCACGGCCGCUGGAACCACGACGACCAGCGCCAUAUGUGCGGCGCCUACCGCGACAAUCGCAUCGUCCCUUACGAAGGAAUCCUGGUUUCCGAGAUGACGCCUGGACAGCAAGACAUUGUCAUGGGUAUCUUGAACCAGUACCUCCUGUACCUGCCGCAGAGGUCAAGAGACAUGCGUCUCGCACAGAUCAAGUCGUGGUUCCACGAGACCUACUUCUGCUGGAUCGGCGGCUUCGGCAACGAAGACCCCUUUUACUACCGCCUGCAGAGCCCCGUCAUCCUGGUCGAGUUCGACCACCACUCUGGCGUGUUCCUGACCAACAGCGAACCCGCCAAGUUCCACAUCCACACCCUGCUGAGGACCCCCAAUGCCGGCGACUACGGCAUGGCUGUGCGGCCGCUGAUACCGGGUGUCAAGCAGGAAUUUGUGUGGGAGGGCUGA